AGUCGAACGAACGAAGAGGAACGGAAUACAUUCGCUCGGUCCUCGUUCCGUAUAAUUUUUUUAGUAAAACAAAUUUUGUAGUGCUUUGUUCCAGUUGUAUAAGUGUAAUUUUAAGUGAAUUUCUGAUAAGAAAAUCUAUUAUCAUUAGAUUAAGUAAAUCCUUUGUAAUAUGUUUAAUGUAAGUCGUCUGAGUUAUAUAGUAAGAAUAAUGUUUGAAUAAAAUUACCGACUUCUUUCGUAAAAGCUCGCAAGCCGGCAGCGAAAUGCCAUACAAUAACAUAUUAUCAACGACUGCAGGAAUACUAACAACAUGUGUAAUAAUAUUUUUCCACGACGCACAAGUAUUGGGUAAUUUGGUGAAUCGACCCAGUGAUAGAUAUACUCUAGAUGUAUCUGGUUGCGCUUUGUAUCAUAAGCUAUGUUCGCACUUGGAUGAUGAUCUUGCAAUACUAUCCUGUGCUCUAAACGCGUCAUAUAACAAAACCCAAGUUUUAAUAGUCUGCCAACACAAGCUGUGGAAUCACCAAGCUGAACUUUUGGACAAUGACUAUGUGGAAUACAAACUGAAGGAGCCAUGUCAGGACGAGCCUGUAAUAACAAAUUGCCUUACUUCAAGUGGAAUAAAUGAAUAUAAGAUAGAUUGUGUACUGAAGAAGAAAUCAAGUGUGAGGAAUAAAAAAUGUUGGAGGAUGAUAAACAAAAUAGAAUCUCUGGUAUUCAAUGACUGGCAGAUCAUAGGCAAUUUCCUGAAAAACUGUUAUGAUGAUAUAGAAGGUCAUACUUGUGGGAGAAUUCCAAUAAAUCAAAGAAGUUUAUCUCAAAAACAAACUUUAAAAUGUUUGCAAGAAAAAGAUGUGAACCCAAGACCUGAGUGUCAAGCGGAGAUUGCUGCGCUUGAAGAGAUGAAAUAUGAUAAUCUUCAGCUAGAUAAAAUCAUAUUUGCUGCAUGCAAUUUGGAUCAGAAGAACUUCUGCCCCGAUGAGGUACCUGGAUCAUGGCUGAUGUACAAGUGUUUAUUGCGGCAUAAAUAUGAAAAUGGAAUGAGAAAAAAGUGCCAAGAUCAAUUGUUUUAUGACCAAAGAAGUAUUGUGAUGAAUUAUAGAAUGAGCAAAGGGUUAGUGAAGUCUUGUAAAGAAGACAUUAGGAAAUAUCAUUGCCGAAAGGGUGUUGUGGAUGAUAAGGAUGUAAGAUUGGCACAAAUUUUAUUAUGUUUAGAAAAUGUAUCUCGUAAUGACAGCUCUAAAUUAAGUAGUGAAUGUACAGCAGAGAUGAUUGAUCAUAGAAAGAUGCUGAUGGAUGACUACAGAUUGUCACCAGAGUUAAUGCAGAACUGUGCUAAUGAUAUCACAAUAUUGUGCAAAGGUAUCGAAGCUGGAGGUAGAACCAUUCAUUGUCUCAUGGACCAUGCUAGACCGAGAAAAAGGAAAGACAAAAGAAUAAGUUCUGCAUGUCAGAAAUCCUUGGAAAUAUUGAUCCAAGAAGCUGAUCCUGGUGAAGAUUGGAGAGUGGAUCCAAUAUUACGCAGAGCCUGCAAACCUGUGGUUGACAGAGCUUGCAGAGAAGUAAGCUAUGGAAAUGGAAGAGUCAUGUCAUGCUUGAUGGAAAAAUUGGGAACAAAUCUGAUGACUAAUGAUUGUGAAGCUGCUUUGUUACAAAUUCAAUAUUUUAUAUCCAGAGACUUUAAACUGGAUCCUCAGCUAUACAAGGCAUGUAAAUAUGAUGCAGUUACAGUAUGUAAAGCUAAACUCCAGUGGGCUGAUGCCAGCGAACACCAGUCUGAGAAGGACCCUCUUGUGUUACCAUGCUUAUACAACUAUGCCUAUAAUCCAGAUCUUAGAGGAAGGUUGAAACCUGGCUGUGAGACCCAAGUGAGAAGAGUAAUGAGACAGAGAGCUAUUAGUGUAGACCUUAUGCCCGAAAUUGAAGACUAUUGUAUGGAUGAUCUAAUUAAUCUGUGCUUCGAAAAUACAGGCAAAGGAGAAGAAAUAUCAUGUUUACAAAGUAAAAUAAAGGAACUUGGACCAAAAUGUAGAGAAAUUGUUACAAAUUUUACAGAAACCCAGAGUGGCCAUAUUGAAUUAAAUGCUGUAGUCAACAUUAACUGCAGAGUACCUAUUGAGAGGCUAUGCUCGUCUGAACUGAAAAGCAAGAAAGAGGAGGAUGAUGUCAUGGAAUGUUUGAUAAGUCAUAAAAAUGACCCUGAAAUAAAGGCCAAUGUUAACUGCAGAGCUGCUAUAGAACAUGAGCAAUUGAUCUCACUAAAGAAUUAUCGGUUUACAAGAAAAUUCAAGAAUGCUUGUAAAUCUUAUGUGGUUAGAUUUUGUCCCAAAGCACAAACUAAAAGUCAGGUAGUCACAUGUCUUAGUGAAAUAGUCAGGAAUGAUACAAUUUCAAAGAAAAAGCAUACAAUAUUUAAGGAUUGUCGCCAGCAGUUAAGGCAGCAGUUGUUCCAACAGAAAGAGAAUAUCGAUUUGGAUCCAGAACUGAAAGAAGCUUGUAAGAAUGAUUUACAGAUGUACUGUGCCAAUGUGCCACAUGGGGAGUCAGCUGCUUUAGAGUGUCUGCAGACAGCCAGAGGAAAGUUAUCUGAUGAAUGUAGAAAAGCCAUAUUUGUUGUAAGGAAGCAAGAGUUUUCUGACAAUGCAGUUGACUAUCAUUUAAUUACGAGUUGUAAUGACAUGAUAGACUUGUAUUGUCAUAAUACAGAUGCGUCAAAAAUUCUAGAUUGUUUAAAGAUUCACCGGCAGGAACUUCAUUUCGAUGAAAACUGCAAAGUGGUCAUUGUUAAUAGGAUGAUAGAACAGAAUAUGGAUUACCGGUUUAAUAACAAUUUGCAGAUAGCAUGCAAAACGGAUAUCGCGAAAUUUUGUUCAGAUGUGAUUGGUAUAAAAUCCAUUUUUAAAUUAGUCAAAGAACCACAAGAUAUGGAACUGCAAGGAAAAAUGUUGUACUGCUUGAAAGAAAAGUUCAGGGAGUCAAAAUUAACAUCAUCUUGUGAAAAUGAACUGGCAAAUGUGUUAAAAGAGCAAGCUCUGAAUUACCGCUUGGAUCCAUUGCUUGGUAAAUUGUGCAAAGCAGAAAUACAGACAAUUUGUCCUGUGCCAAAUGACAUUACAAACUCUGAUGGACAGGUAGAAGAAUGCCUGAAAAAUGCUCUCUUGAAUCAUAAAAUAGUGUCGGCGGAAUGUGCACAUGAGGUGGCGCAGAUUAUAGAGGAAACUGAAGUCGAUAUUGAGGCGGAUCCCUUAUUGGAGAGAGCUUGUGCUAUGGAUCUGUUGACUUAUUGUAAAGACCUUGAGCAUGGUGCUGGAAGACGUUUAAAAUGUCUGAAGAUUAUUCUGAAUGAUAGUAAUCGUAAAUUAGAGGCUGAGUGUCAAAAAGCACUCUCCAGUAGAUUAGAAAUGUAUAAACAUGUGGCUGCUUUGAAUGUGAUAGAAAAUUUUGGCGAUAUGUAUAAUGAAAUAUCAUCAUCACCAUCUAAGAAAUACUUUUUAAUUGUAGGCAUUUCAAUUAUAGGUUUAAUUUUUAUAUGUGGACUAUAUUGUGGUAAUUUGGCUAGGCAAGCUUUGUAUGUUAAAAGGAAAUAGAUAUUAUAAUAUAUAAUUUAAAUCAAUAAAAAUCUUUUAAAAAUUUUAAUAUUUGUAGU